AUGACGUCUUUUUCUACCCCGCAGUUACGCACGCUUGUGAAAGAAUCCGACCCGCAGGACUCUGCGCUCGCCGUUGUCGACGACAUCGACUUCCUGGAGUUCAAGGACACGGAGCAGAGCGUUAGGGACGAUGUGGCGUGGCUGAGGACUAACGCGCUCCUCCUCAAAGAGACGCCGAUCAGCGGAUUAUCAAACUAUCGAGAGCCGAUUCCACAGCAAGCAGCGGCCACGUAUAUCGAGCGCCUCAAUGACGAUAUUCUGCAUGAAACCUUCUAUGUUCUUGCCCUCACUCCGCCAAGGCGAGGUAUAUAUCUACUGAGCCAACUCUCCUUGAGUUUCAAGACGAGCUGGCUAUCAAUCACCCAUACGUGCUCGCGUUGGCGCCGCAUCGCAGUCACAUCUCCUAGGUUGUGGUCCAAAAUCAUCGUCUACGUGGAUUGCUGCGAACCUAUGUUACGCAUGUUCCUGUCGCGCUCGCAGGACAUGGGCCUAACUGUACUCAUUCAUGGUUCUACCGCGCGCCCGGACGGCGUCGGCUUGUUGGUGCAAAUGUCCCGUCUGUUGGCGCAACAUACACGACGUUUUAUAUCUUUCGGCAUCGUGGACGUGACAAGGCGCUACAUGCGUGAUAUACUUGCCGCUUUCACUUACCCUGCACCUCGACUCACAGAAGUUAUGCUCGUCGCGUAUCCUCAUCAACCUCCCCCGGUUCAAAGUAAUACUGUCGCAUCAUCACUCUUCAGUAACGACACCCCGACGCUCCGCACAAUGCUUGCUCCAAAUGUAUGGCUGCCGUGGCGAUCGUACCGCAACAUGGUCUAUCUUGAUCUUAUGGUGUCCUCUUUCCAGUCCGCCGACGAGGUGCUUCAGAGCAUACAGCACUGUAAAGCACUUCGGCGCCUGCGAAUAGAAACACGAAAUAAUGGCGGCCGGCCUUCUGCGUUGAAUGCCCCAUUCACCUCUGUUCAUCUUCCCGACCUGACGUAUCUGUAUCUACGUGGGCUGUAUUCUUCUAUAGCACGCAUAGCCUCUUGCUUAGCGGUACCCGCUGAUGCGUCAAUAUCCUUGACUCUCCUACAUCAGCCGAAUGAUCGUCUAGACAAUCACCAGCGCGGUCGCACCCUCUACCCGAGCACUUCGCGCGUCACUGCAGCUCAGUGUGACGUUACUUUUAUACACACCGCCGCGUGCCUUCGCUUCACGUCAACAGACACCCAGUUUGUAGCCACAUGGGCGUGGCAGAACUUCCGGGGAGCCUCUGACGUCGAUGUCGACGACGUCCUCAAUCAUUUUGGUGACCUUCUGAUGUUUCCCGCGUUAAGCCGUCUCACUAUCCGGUACAACACCCUGCGCCUGAGUGCGUUGGAUUGGCGCAGCAUACUCAGCCAAAUGCCAUCGCUGGAAGUCCUCGAGAUUGAGGGGGGCCAUCACACCCACGUUGCGGGGCUUUUCCAGGCGCUAGGGAUAGUCGAUGCGCUAGACGGCACAUCCAUCGUAUGUCCAGGUCUGACAUGUAUACACGCCACGUCCUGUAAGGGCUGGGACGUACUUGCGAAUCCGCUAUCGGAUGUUGUAAGGCUGCGUUCGAGCAUCGGGAUGCGCUUGAAUAGGCUGAAGAUAGUGACGGAGGAAGUAAGGGAGUUGUUGACGCUAGAACAGCUGCGUGACGAUGUCGACGAGCUUUGGAUUGUAUCGAAAUGA